GAUGGUGGUUUCCCAGGACAAGCAGACCCCGGGGAGCCUCGUGAGCGCGGCGGAGCCGGCGGCGGCCGCGGGCAGCCUGGCGUGAACCUGGGCCUCGGCGUCUCACCUGAGAGGAGGCAGCAUGUCUAAGAAAAGCCGGAGCAAGGGCGAGAAGCCCGAGAUGGAGACGGACCCGGUGCAGAUGGCCAACGAGGAGCUGCGGGCCAAGCUGACCAGCAUUCAGAUCGAGUUCCAGCAGGAGAAGAGCAAGGUGGGCAAGCUGCGCGAGCGGCUGCAGGAGACCAAGCUGGAGCGCGAGCAGGAGCAGCGGCGGCACACGGCCUACAUCUCGGAGCUCAAGGCCAAGCUGCACGAGGAGAAGACCAAAGAGCUGCAGGCGCUGCGCGAGGCGCUCAUCCGGCAGCACGAGCAGGAGGCGGCGCGCACGGCCAAGAUCAAGGAGGGCGAGCUGCAGCGGCUGCAGGCCACGCUGAAUGUGCUGCGCGACGGCGCGGCCGACAAGGUCAAGACAGCGCUGCUGACUGAGGCGCGCGAGGAGGCGCGCAGGACCUUUGAUGGCGAGCGCCUCCGCCUGCAGCAGGAGAUCCUGGAGCUCAAGGCGGCGCGCAAGCAGGCGGAGGAGGCGCUCAGCAACUGCAUGCAGGCCGACAAGACCAAGGCGGCCGACCUGCGCGCCGCCUACCAGGCGCACCAGGACGAGGUGCACCGCAUCAAACGCGAGUGCGAGCGUGACAUCCGCAGGCUGAUGGACGAGAUCAAAGGGAAAGACCGUGUGAUCCUGGCCUUGGAGAAGGAGCUUGGUGUUCAGACGGGCCAGACCCAGAAGCUCCUUCUUCAGAAAGAGGCUCUGGAUGAGCAGCUGGUUCAGGUCAAAGAGGCCGAGCGCUACCACAGCAGUCCAAAGAGGGAGCUCCCGCCAGGGAUAGGGGACAUGGCGGAGCUGAUGGGCGGCCAGGAUCAACAUAUGGAUGAGCGAGAUGUGAGGCGAUUUCAACUAAAAAUUGCUGAACUGAAUUCAGUGAUACGGAAGCUGGAAGACAGAAAUACCCUGUUGGCAGAUGAGAGGAGUGAACUGCUGAAGCGCUCCCGGGAGACCGAGGUGCAGCUGAAGCCCCUGGUGGAGAAGAACAAGCGGAUGAACAAGAAGAAUGAGGAUCUGCUGCAGAGCAUCCAGCGCAUGGAGGAGAAGAUCAAGAACCUCACGCGGGAGAACGUGGAGAUGAAGGAGAAGCUGUCUGCCCAGGCAUCUCUGAAGCGGCACACGUCCCUGAACGACCUCAGCCUGACCCGGGACGAGCAGGAGAUCGAGUUCCUGCGACUGCAGGUGCUGGAGCAGCAGCACGUCAUUGACGACCUCUCGCUGGAGCGAGAGCGGCUCCUGCGCUCCAAGAGACACCGCGGGAAAAGCCUGAAGCCGCCCAAGAAGCAUGUUGUGGAGACAUUUUUUGGAUUUGACGAGGAGUCUGUGGACUCGGAAACGCUGUCGGAGACGUCCUGCAACACGGACAGGACGGACCGGGCCCCCGCCACGCCCGAGGAGGACCUGGACGAUACCACCACCAGAGAGGAGGCCGACCUGCGCUUCUGCCAGCUGACCCGCGAGUACCAGGCGCUGCAGCGGGCCUACGCGCUGCUUCAGGAGCAGGUCGGGGGGACCCUGGAUGCCGAGCGGGAGGCCCGGACUCGGGAGCAGCUCCAGGCUGACCUGCUGCGAUGCCAGGCCAAAAUCGAAGACUUGGAGAAGUUACUGGUUGAGAAGGGGCAGGAUUCCAAGUGGGUCGAAGAGAAGCAGCUGCUCAUCAGGACGAACCAAGACUUGCUGGAGAAGAUUUACAGGCUGGAAAUGGAAGAGAACCAGCUGAAGAAUGAAAUGCAAGACGCCAAGGAUCAGAACGAGCUGUUAGAAUUCCGAGUGCUAGAGCUGGAAGAGAGAGAGCGGAGGUCGCCUGCAUUUAACCUCCAAAUCAGCACCUUCCCCGAGAACACCAGCAGCGCGCUCCAGCUGUUCUGUCACCAGGAAGGAGUUAAGGAUGUGAAUAUUUCUGACCUUAUGAAGAGAUUAGAUAUCCUUGGCGAUAACGGGAAUUUGAGAAAUGAAGAGCAGGUUGCAAUAAUCCAAGCCGGAACUGUGCUUGCCCUGUGCGAAAAGUGGCUGAAGCAAAUCGAGGGCACUGAGGCGGCGCUGACCCAGAAGAUGCUGGACCUGGAGAAGGAGAAGGACCUGUUCAGCCGGCAGAAGGGCUACCUGGAGGAGGAGCUGGACUACCGGAAGCAAGCCCUCGACCAGGCUUACCUGAAAAUCCAGGAGCUGGAGGCCACGCUGUACAACGCGCUGCAGCAGGAGCCGGGGCGGAGGGCCGGCGAGGUGCUGAGCGAGGGCCAGCGGGAGGACCUGCAGGCGGCCGUGGAGAAGGUGCGCAGGCAGAUCCUGCGGCAGAGCCGGGAGUUCGACAGCCAGGUCCUGCGAGAGCGCAUGGAGCUGCUGCAGCAGGCCCAGCAGAGAAUCCGAGAGCUGGAGGAUAAGCUGGAGAUCCAGAAGCGGCACCUCAAGGAGCUGGAGGAGAAGCAUUCAUUCUGUGGCCUUGAUGACUUCCGUGAGCCAAGAACUCGGGAUAGAAAAAGAGCUCAUGGAAUAAACUGAGUCCCUAAAGCACCCCAACCCCACACAAACCAAAAUUCAACAGCCAAACAAGCUACUCCACGCCCAAGGAUUGACGCCAGGAUUCAGCUGUGCUGGGCGACAGCUCCGGGGAUGGCCUGUGGCAUCGAUGGCUGGGUCCUGACUGGCCAAACUGUGGGCACUCUACAGGGAUGAUAGGGUUUUGUCAAGCCCGGGGCCACAUCUGAGUCUUGACUGUGCCACCUCCAAGAGCCCCAGGGGCAGAGACCUGCAGACCAGGAAACUAAGUGCAAUUACCAGAAGAUGCGUGAUGGGGGCCUGUUGUCUGGGGACAGGCCUGGCCCUGCUCAGACCCUGCAUGCUCUGGGGCAGCGUGUGCCCACUGGACACAGACUCUGUACAUCUGUCUUCAUGAGCUGUGCCUGGGCAUCUGGCGUCUGCAGCCAGAGUGUCCCCGCGACUGUCCCUGUAGUCUGAACCCUCGGUCAAGCCUUACUCAGCAAGCCCUCUGGAUCCACAUGCAGCUGGAUUGCCAGAGAGUGCAGAACCCCAACGAGGGGCUAGAGCCUCAGUCCCCUAGAAGGCCGACCUCAGGUGUAAGGACCUGCUGAGGAAGAAAUGCUGGGAGGGAGCAUGACCCCUGGAGUGCUGGGGGGAACGAGGCCCCCUCUGCUGUGGUCUGAGCCCAGGUCCCCCAACCACAGGGACCCACCCUGGCCCUGGGAGACCAGCCCCUGAAGGGGCCUCCAGGAGACAGCUGGCGCUGGGCGGCUGAGGAGGAGGGCAGGACCCUAGCUGUGAGAACCAGGUCCAGGGGGAACAUGGGAAGAGAAGUUACUCUCAGAGGCUGUUGUUCUUUUUCUGGGGUGAGAGUUGGGGGAACUUCUUCAGAAGAAGACACCUGCUUCCAAACUUUUAGAAGAUGUCCAAAAUCACAGUGGAUCAAGUGAAAGCAGCGGAUGCUUCGAGGUUGGAAGAACUGGCUGGCGGCAAGGAUGGGUUGACCCCAACGACGGGCAGACUCACCGCUCUGUGGUUGCUGGAUGGUGAGAGCAAUCCUGUGCUUUCUAGUGAGGGAAACCUUUGAAGAAACAAAAAUGGCUGAAACUCAGGCCACCAAGGGAAUCAGUGGGGGGUGGAGGGGCUGAAAGUUCUCUGAUGGGCAAACCCAGGAUGGGAAAGGAUAUGGACAUCAGCAUAGGACAGCCUGGUCAGUGGGGACGGAUGCCCACCCCAACCCUAGGAGGGGUUCUAAGCAGACACUGCGGGGCAGCUGAGAAGUGACUGUUCUGAGGCCCAAAGUAUUGCUAUACCAGCUCGCCCGACUCACCAACAUCAGUGACCAAAUAUGAUGGACUGAUGUCUUUGCUGGAAGAAACAGGGCUCCUAGCGCUUGGGGCGGGGGCGGGCAGACCCGGGCUCGAGCGAGUGUGAAAGAGCAUGCCUGCUCCUCUGGGGCUGUGGAAACAAAAGCAGCACCGCUCUGCUGGCUGCUCACGAGGCUGGGAGGUGCACCCAGGUCUCUGGGCUGUCCCGCUGCACCGAGCGUCCACCCUCUCCCCAGCGCAGGGACAUGUGGAGCUGUGGUCCUCGAGCCCCUCGCCCCGUCCUGUCUGCCUGGCUCGUCCACUCCGACCACAAGACAGGAAUGGCGUCGGCUCUGAAGCUGGACUCGCCUGGGUCCGGGCCCACCCCAGCCACUUCCCUGCAGUGGACACUGCACAGUACCUGCAGCUCGGAAUCUUCAUCUCUUCUUCUGUGAAAUGGGGGUCUGAGUCCCCAGGCAACACCUCACAAGAGGUCUUUUUUGGCCAUAACUACAGGCACCCGAGACUCCAGGCUGCUGGGGGAGACCAGCAGGCAGAUGGCUGAGACCUCUGAGGGAGCCGAGGGGACCCU